GUUCUCUAUAAAGUGCCCGGCUCCCGACCCACGGCCACUCGCCCUCAGGCUUCUGCCCUGCCUGCUGUUCGGGGCUGUCCAACGACCACCAUGGUGAGGCUCGUGCUGCCCAAUCCUGGCCUGGACGCCCGGAUCCCGUCCCUGGCUGAGCUGGAGACCAUUGAACAGCAGGAGUCCAGCUCCCGGCCCAAGUGGGACAACAAGGCACAGUACAUGCUCACCUGCGUGGGCUUCUGCGUGGGCCUUGGCAACGUGUGGCGCUUCCCCUACCUGUGCCAGAGCCACGGAGGAGGCGCCUUCAUGAUCCCGUUCCUCAUCCUGCUGGUCCUGGAGGGCAUCCCCCUGCUGCACCUGGAGUUCGCCAUUGGGCAGCGGCUUCGGCAGGGCAGCGUGGGCGUGUGGAGCUCCAUCCACCCAGCCCUGAAGGGAGUAGGCGUGGCCUCCAUGCUCGUGUCCUUCGUCGUGGGACUGUACUAUAACACCAUCAUCGCCUGGGUCAUGUGGUACUUCUUCAACUCCUUCCAGGAGCCUCUGCCCUGGAGCCAGUGCCCACUCAACGAGAACAAGACAGGGUACGUGGAUGAGUGUGCCAGGAGCUCCCCUGUGGACUACUUCUGGUACCGAGAGACGCUCAACAUCUCCAUGUCCAUCAGCGACUCGGGCUCCAUCCAGUGGUGGAUGCUGCUGUGCCUGGUCUGCGCAUGGAGCGUUCUGUACAUGUGCACCAUCCGAGGCAUCGAGACCACCGGGAAGGCUGUGUACGUCACCUCCACGCUGCCCUAUGUCGUUCUGACCAUCUUCCUCAUCCGAGGCCUGACGCUGAAGGGCGCCACCAAUGGCAUUGUCUUCCUCUUCACACCCAACGUCACGGAGCUGGCCAACCCGGUCACCUGGCUGGACGCGGGCGCACAGGUCUUCUACUCUUUCUCGUUGGCCUUUGGGGGCCUCAUCUCCUUCUCCAGCUACAACUCUGUGCACAACAACUGCCAGAUGGACUCGGUGAUCGUGUCCAUCAUCAACGGCCUCACAUCGGUGUACGCGGCCACGGUGGUCUACUCCAUCAUCGGCUUCCGCGCCACGCAGCGCUAUGACGACUGCUUCGACACGAAUAUCCUGACCCUCAUGAACUGGUUCGACCUGGCGGAAGGCAGCGUGACCCAGGAGAACUUUGCAGAGAUGCAGCGGUUGUGCAAUGACACCAACCCCACGGCCUACGCGCAGCUGGCGUUCCAGACCUGCGACAUCAACUCCUUCCUCUCGGAGGGUGUGGAGGGCACAGGCCUGGCCUUCAUCGUCUUCACUGAGGCCAUCACCAAGAUGCCAGUGUCCCCGCUGUGGUCCGUGCUCUUCUUCAUCAUGCUCUUCUGCCUCGGGCUGUCAUCCAUGUUUGGGAACAUGGAGGGUGUGGUUGUGCCCCUGCAGGACCUCAAGGUCAUCCCCCCGAAGUGGCCCAAGGAGCUGCUCACAGGCUUCAUCUGCCUGGGGACAUUCCUCAUUGGCAUCAUCUUCACGCUGAACUCCGGCCAGUACUGGCUCUCCCUGCUGGACGGUUACGCUGGCUCCAUCCCCCUGCUCAUCAUCGCCUUCUGCGAGAUGUUCUCUGUGGUCUAUGUGUACGGCGUGGACAGGUUCAAUACGGACAUCGAGUUCAUGAUCGGCCACAAGCCCAACAUCUUCUGGCAAGUCACGUGGCGCGUGGUCAGCCCCCUGCUCAUGCUGGUCAUCUUCCUCUUCUUCUUUGUGGUCAAGGUCAAAGAGGAGCUGACCUACAGCAUCUGGGACCCUGGCUACGAGGAAUUUCCCAAAUCCCAGAAGAUCUCCUACCCGAACUGGGUGUAUGCGGUGGUGGUGAUCGUGGCCGGGGUGCCCUGCCUCACCAUCCCCGGCUAUGCCGUCUACAAGCUCAUCAGACACUGCUGCCAGAAGUCAGGGGACCGCCAGGGGCUGGUGAGCACGCUGUCCACAGCCUCCGUGAAUGGGGACCUGAAGUACUAAGCAGGCCUAGCCCACGGCGUGCCGCCCACUGGUGGUGUCAGGGAAGGAGGAACCCACAAGACCCGUGGGGUGGGGGCCAGGCUGCACCUGCAUGUGUGUGAGCAUGAGUGUGCUCGUGCGUGAGGGUGUAUAUUGUAGAUGCAUGUGCCAUGUGGACAGAUGUGUGUCGUGUGUGUGCAUGUACAUCUAUGGGCAUUGUGUGAGUAUGCAUGUGCACAUGUGUUGCCCACAUGUGUGUGCACGUGUAUAUACACGUACAUGUACAUAUAUGUAUCUGCACAUGCAUGUUGCGUGUGAUGUGCAUGUGUGUACACACCUCUUUAUACAUGCAUGCACAUGUGCUCAUAUAAUGGGCAUGCACAUGCAUGUAUGUAUACAUGUGAAUGCAUAUACUUGAAUGCAACUGUGUUGUACGUGGGUGUACAUGCAUGUGUACACACACACGUGUUUAUGUGCAUGUAUGCAUGUGUGAGGUGUGUGUGUGAGCAUGUGUACAUGUGCAUGUGUGUCUGUGUAUGUGUGUGUGCUGUGUGUGCUUCUCUAUACAUUUGUGUAUAUGUGUGUGGUGUGUGCUCAUGUGUACAUAUGCAGGCAUGUGUGAGGUGUGUAUAUGUGAGAACAUGUGUACAUAUGUGUGUGUCUGUGUAUGCAUGUGUGCUGUCUAUACAUUUUGGCAUAUAUGUGUGUGGUGUGUGCUCGUGCGUGUGCAUAUGCAGGCAUGUGUGCAUGUGUGAGGUGUGUAUAUGUGAGCAUGUGUACGUGUGUGUGCUGUGUGCUUGUCUAUACAUGUUUACGUAUAUGUGUGUGAUAUGUGCUUGUGUGUGUGCAUAUGCAGGCAUGUGUCCGUGCCUGUGUACACGUAUGUGCACAUAUGGAUGCACGUCGAUAGGACACAUACCUGCCAUUCAGGGCCCAGCUGCCCUCUGUGCUCAUCCUGGCCACAGACACAGGGUCACGUGAGAGGCCGGGGGAGCAGACCACCAGGGAUGAGCUGUGCCCUGCACACACCCGGGGCAGCAGUAGCCGAGCCCACGGCGGGGAAACACCUCUGCUUCAUCUCCGUGGCUGUCAGGAGACAAAAGCACAAGUUGCCAUCUUGGCUCCUGGGAGUGACUCUUGCUGCCCACCCCUACCUUCCCCUUCCACUUGCUGUUGACCCUUAACCCCAGGGCUACUGGGGUCCUGUAGCCCUUGACUGGGAGCAGCCUCUCAGAAGCCGGGGCAGUGGUGGCUGGAGAUUUUGAGAAAACUUGGCCGCAUCCUCUGGGACCUGGGCUCCAGUUGGCCCCUGCCGAGUCCCCGUGUCCUGGCCAUUUUCCGGCUGAAUGAGUGCCAGCCAUUUAAACAUUGCUCCUGCCACCUCAAAUAGAUGAGCAGUUAAAUAAAACUCAACUUGGCAUAAUUCAAGGCAAAUACCACUCUGCAUUUUCUCAAGAGGACGUGAGCUGUGUGAAUUUUUAGCCAGCCUUCGGAGAGAAGACGGGUUACAGGGUAACUCGACCCUGGCUGCCAUCCUGGGGUGCUCUGUGUGUCCAGGGCAUCUUCAGGGACCACACAGCCCCCAGAAGCCUCCAGCCCGUGCGCCAUGCAGUGAAGCCCAGCCUGGCACCCGCCCUGACCCCAUCACAAGAUGGGUCUCCAUUGGGGUUCAAUGUCUCAUGUUGGCCAACAGCAGUCAACACUCGGGGCACCUACUUCAAUGGAUGGGUACUUCUGCUUUCCGUGGAAGAAUCUGGAUGUUUACAUUAAACUGAUCUUCUGAGAAUUCCUAUGGACUGGUGUGCCCUGGUGCGAUGUUCCACCCACAGAGACCUGGUCACACUCGCCCCUUCCAUCACCCACCCCAUCCAGUGGCCACUGCACACACCGAGUCCUCCUGCCAGCCUUCUGCGCCAGCUGCCUGCCACAUGGGGCCCUGGGAUCUGAAGACUCCACAGCAGCAGGGGAACAUGGUGAGCUCUGCGCCCCGCAGCUGUGAUGCCACUGAGGAUCUGCCUGCUGAUGGCUUCAACAGGGUCUCACCUCAUCUCUUUCUGCUCUUGGGCCCUCAAUCCAGACAAUUCUGAUCAGUGCCCCAUGAACCUGCUGCCCUGUGGCGCCUGCCCAGGAGGCCCUGCCAGGCAUGCACAGGCAUGCAUCAGUGUGCCAGGCAUGUGCGGGCGUGCCCUGGCCUGCCUGCCGUAGGACCCUAUGGGCGGGAGCACCCACCCCAUCUAUGUCUCCCGAUUCAUGCAUCAUUUUGUAGGUUUCAGUGUCUCUGUAAAUGUGGUAGAAACGCAGGUUUUGUGGGCAUACGGUGUACGUUUCUAAAUAAAUCGCUUAUGUUUAAUA